CGCAACCAAAAGUGUGUAAGAUGGCACAAAUGAGGAACAAGCAAGUGAUUCUAAGAGACUAUGUAUCUGGUUUUCCUAAGGAAACAGACAUGAGCAUUGUUGAAAGUACCUUAACUUUGAAGCUUCCAGAAGGUUCCAAUGAGGUGCUGCUCAAGAAUCUCUACUUGUCGUGUGACCCUUUCAUGCGAAUGCUCAUGACCAAGGUGGAAUCCGUUGAGGGAUUUCCUUCCUAUGUCCCUGGCUCUGUAAGUUAUGCUCUCUCUUUAUUGGAAAGCCAAUCAUUAACAGGAUUUGGCGUGGCUAAAGUCCUGGAAUCCGGACACACAGAUUAUAAGAAAGGUGAUUUAGUAUGGGGUUUGACUAAAUGGGAAGAGUAUAGCUUGGUCCCAUCAACUCAAAUGCUUUUCAAAAUUGAGCACAAGGAUGUCCCACUUUCCUACUAUACUGGAAUUCUUGGUAUGCCAGGAAUGACUGCUUAUGCUGGAUUCUUUGAAUUAGGAUCUCCCAAGAAAGGAGAGAAAGUUUUUAUUUCAGCUGCCUCUGGUGCUGUUGGUCAACUUGUUGGUCAAUUUGCUAAAUUGACUGGUUGUUAUGUUGUUGGAAGUGCUGGAAGUAAAGAGAAGGUGGAUCUAUUGAAGAAUAAAUUAGGAUUUGAUGAAGCUUUUAAUUACAAAGAAGAGCCAGACCUUGAUGCAGCUUUGAAAAGAUACUUUCCAGAAGGCAUUGACAUUUACUUUGAGAAUGUUGGGGGCAAAACUCUUGAUGCUGUACUUCUGAAUAUGAGAGUCCAUGGCCGCAUACCUGUCUGUGGAAUGGUUUCACAGUAUAAUCUCACUCAACCUGAAGGUGUAACAAAUUUGACAAAUCUUAUAUAUAAGCGGAUUCGUAUGCAAGGCUUUAAUGUUUUUGAUUUCUUUCACCUAUAUCCCAAAUUCUUGGAGUUUCUUCUGCCUCAUAUCAAAGAAGGGAAGGUUGUGUAUGUGGAAGACAUAGCUGAGGACCUUGAGAAUGGCCCUGCAGCUUUGGUUGGACUCUUUAGUGGUCACAAUUUUGGUAAACAAGUGCUUCUUGUUGCUCGUGAAUGAAUUAUGUUGCUUUUGUAAUACAUUGAUGUCUUCUUUUUUUAGUUCUGUUUUUGUGUUGAAUAUCGAGCACUGUGUAUGGCCUUUGCAAUCAUCUUCCUUAAUUGUGAUGAAAGGAGGCAUGUUAAGGGAGUUUUAGUUGAGAACCACGUGUGUAAUUGGGUUGUGCAUACAGAAC